AAGCCCACCAGUAUUAGUCGCUAAUCGUAGCUACUUACUCGCGUUACUUACUUGCAUAGAAGAGACUACCUGUCAUCUACUAUUGGUUGUCACUGACCUCCACGCCGUCUCGAGAUUGGAUUUCAUCUUGCACACGGGCUCAUCAUACACAUGCCUGCUUGACGCUGCGUUCAGACAACGUGUCUUGCGAACGUCUGAAAGUUACGAAACCGUUCUGUUGCAGUGUUCUCCGAGGUCGCAUUCACCCUGCGUCAACCAGAGGACAUCCCGUUACGGCCGCUUGGACGUGCCGUCUCACAGCCUAGCCAGUUUGACCAAAGGGCGUUUGCUAUGAAGUUCAGCUCGUCAUUGAAGUUUAACGCGGUGUCGGACUGGUGGGAUGAGUACAUUGCAUACGACUCAUUGAAGAAGAAGAUCUAUGAACUCGAACGACAACAAGUAGGUCUAAGGGACGGCGGUUAUCGUGAUCUCGAAGCCAAUGAGAGCACGUCCCUCAUGCGCAGGGAACCUUCGUCUCUUGAUGCACAGUUCAUUCCUUUGCUGGACAGGGAGCUGAAGAAGAUCUGUCUAUUUUACGAGUUACAAGAGAAGGAACUGCUAGAUGACGUCGCAGAGCUUCAGGAUCUUAUCCAGCAGCAAGAGGAUAUUGGUCCAGAUGGCCAACACCACUUUGCAGACGAGUACGAGGACGAUGAACAUUCAGAAGAAGAAGAAGAGGAGGACAACUUUGAUAUCAAUGCUCUGGGUAGUCCUACAAUGAGCAGAGACGGCACCAUGUCUCGUUCCGCCACCAGCCAGCACCGGAGGCGACGAUCAACUUCAACAAGCACAGGCGGAGGAGGAGGAGGAGGCGGAGGAGGAGGAGCUGCUGCUGCUGCCUCAGCGCGGAAACGAGCGCACACCUUUACACAGCGGCGGUAUAGUUUGUCAUCCAAUGAAGACCACGGAGAUCUAGAAGCAAGCCUGGCAUCGCUUCGUUCGGCAAGCGAUUAUUAUGGUGGAGGACAGCUUGCACCUACCGGGACAGGGCGAGGUGAAAGCAGCAGGUCACCUGUCCGCGCAGCCAAAACUUUGGCGAGCAAGAUAUUCACGAAGGAUGGCGUGCCUCCCAGCUUCAGUGGACCGGUCAGUAUCUGGAACGCAAAUAGCAACUACGCAUGGGACAUACAGCUUUUGUUCAAAAGGCGUAUCACGAACCUCUACUUGACCGCGACUUCGCUCAGGUCUUAUGUUGAACUGAACUACUCAGGGUUUCGCAAGGUUCUCAAGAAGUAUGACAAAGUCACGGAAAGCGAUCUCAAAGAUCGAUACCUACAUGAGGUGGUCGAGCAAGCACCGCCCUUUACCCAGCCGGUGAAAGAUAAGCUUAACAGUACCAUCAACUUGCUCAUCGAUUCGUAUGCAAAAUGUGUAUCUCAUGGAGACGUCUCGAUGGCGAAACGCCAGCUCAAGCUGCACCAGCGGGAGCACAUCGCCUGGGAGCGGGACACCGUCUGGAGGCAAAUGAUUGGCAAUGCUCGCAGAGGUGAAGGCGCCGAUCCUGAUGGACUUAAAACUCUGGGCUCCCUUGUCAUCGAAGAAGAGAAGAGAGUGUUGGAUGUCCAAACACCUGUGGGACACAUCCAGGUGACGAUGAAGCAGGUGUACUUGAUCGUGUCAACUAUUGUAUUCAUCGUGCUACUGAACGUGCGUUCCGUGGAUGGCGAUGAAGCCAACAAAUGUUUGGCUGUGCUGGUAUAUGCGACGUUGUUAUGGGCCACAGAAGCUAUCCCACUGUUUGUUACAUCCAUGCUCGUCCCGUUAUUGUUGGUCAUUCUGCGGACGAUACGUAACGAGGACGGAGAGACUUUGAGCACAGAGGAAGCAACCAAAUUCGUUUUCGCGCAGAUGUUCUCCCCAACGAUCAUGCUGCUUAUCGGUGGAUUCACGAUUGCCUCUGCGCUGAGCAAAACAGGCAUCGAUCGUCUCCUGAUAACUCGAGUGCUCAGUUUUGCUGGUACACGACCAAGCACCGUCCUUCUUGCCUUUAUGGGUGUCUCUUGCUUCGCCAGUAUGUGGAUUAGCAAUGUUGCGGCACCGACACUAUGCUUCACUUUGAUUCGUCCAAUCCUGCGAACACUACCUCCGAAGUCCAAUUUUGCACCUUGCUUGAUCUUGGCAAUCGCCCUUGCAGCUAAUAUCGGCGGUCAAAGCUCUCCAAUUUCUUCCCCACAGAAUCUCAUCGCUAUUGGGCAAAUGGAUCCUCCACUAGACUGGGGUAAAUGGUUCGCUGUUGCGCUGCCCGUCUCGGGUAUUUCCAUCAUUCUCAUCUGGCUUCUGCUGCUGGUGUCGUAUCGACCUGCACGAUCUCCGGAUGGCGAGGGCGAUAUUGAGAUCAAGCCUAUACGGCCGGUACGAGAUAAGUUCAGUGCGAAGCAAUAUUGGGUAUCCUUUGUUUGUCUCUUCACCAUUGGGUUGUGGUGUAUCGAGCACCUCAUUGAGGACUAUGUUGGCGAUAUGGGCAUCAUUGCCAUCAUUCCUAUAGUGGCCUUCUUUUCUACUGGAGUCCUGAAAAAGGAACACUUCGAGCAAUUCCUUUGGACGGUUGUGUUCCUUGCAAUGGGAGGCAUCGCGCUUGGCAAAGGUGUCACCUCCAGUGGGUUGCUACAGAUAAUGGAUGAUAUCAUUCGUGAUUCUAUCCAUGGCAUGACGCUGUACACUGUAGUUUUGGUUCUGUCGAUCAUCGUCUUGGUGGUCUCUACCUUUAUCAGCCACACUAUUGCCAGCGUGCUUCUUGUGCCUAUAGCGAACCAGGUUGGCAGCAAGAUGCCUGGUAACCACCAGAACUUGUUGAUCUUCCUCACCGGCUUGAUCUGUUCGACUGGUAUGGGUAUGCCCGUGUCGGGAUUCCCGAAUCAGACUGCUGCGACACAGGAAGAUGAGAUGGGGCAGCUCUAUCUUUCUAACGUCGAUUUCCUCAAGAAUGGGGUCCCAGCGAGUAUCCUCGCUACAAUGGUUGUUGCCACCGUUGGUUACGUCCUCAUGCGAGCAAUUGGACUUUGAGCCUCCCUGUCUCGCUUCAUCGUGUCAUCCAUAUACUCCUGCCGUUCUUGCGCAUACAGAACUUGCUAUAUACAGGUCUAGAUGUGUCCUAGAUGUUGUAUGCUUAUAUCCCAUGCCGUCUCAUAUGUUACUGUAGCUCUCUGUCAAUUGUUUCGCGGCUCUGCUAUAGAUAUCAAGAAUAAUGCGGACAGUUGGGUGGAUUUAUUGCAGCGGGUUGUUAGAACACAAAGAUAAUCGAAGAAUGCAAGACGAUGAAGCACCGGAAACAUACAUAAGUAUAUAUACUGAACUCGUGAAAGGUCGUCAAGAGGAGUCGUUAGGAGGUCGUAACUAGUCGUAAGAAUAAGAAUUCAGACCAAAAGAAACUAUCCACAUG